AUGGGUUUCAAUCUAAAAAGAUCAAGUAAGAUUCGAUUCUCUUUUAAAAAAUACAUAAGACCAACAGUUGGUAUCAAAUAUUUGCUUUAUACUCUCACACUGAUUCUUAUUUUUAAAUGGAUCCAUAGCUAUAAUAAAAAAGAAGAAGAAGAAGCUAGAGCACCUCCGUAUUCUGAACAAUAUUUAAGUACAGAUUUACAACAUCCAUUUUAUGAAAGUUGUGUAAACACACAAGAAUAUCUGAAAAAUGACUCAUAUAAGAAAAUGAACGCUACCUUUGUAAUGCUGACAAGAAAUGAAGAACUUGAUGAUGUGGCGCAUACAAUAAGUAGUAUUGAGUCCCAUUUUAAUCAAUGGUUUCAAUACCCUUACGUUUUCUUAAAUAAUGUCCCAUUUACUGAGGAAUUCAAAACAAAGGUUAAAUCAAUGACAACCACUGAAGUUGAAUUUGGUUUAAUUAAUGAAAUAGAUUGGAAUUUCCCAUCUGGGGUGAAACAAUCGCUUCUAUUCAAGGAGUCCUUAAUAGAUCAAAGUGAUCGUGGAAUUAUGUAUGGUUCUUUGGAAUCAUAUCAUCAAAUGUGUAGAUUUUAUUCCGGUCUUUUUUAUAAGCAUCCUCUAGUAAGAAAAUAUGAAUGGUAUUGGAGGCUUGAACCUGAUGUAGAUUUCUUUUGUGACAUUAGCUAUGAUCCCUUCUAUGAAAUGUCCUUGGCAGGUAAAAAAUAUGGGUUUACCAUAUUGAUUCCUGAGAUCUAUUGGAGUGUACCAAAUCUUUUCAGAUACACUCAAAGUUUUAUCAAAGAGAAUAAGGGGUUAAAGUUGGGAUCUAUAUGGAAACUUUUCACUUAUAAUUUAAAUAUCAUGAAGACGGAUGAUAAAGAGAUUCAAGAAUGGGUUCAUCUGCAAAAAGAUUUAGAACCUAAAUUGAGAGAAAAGAUUUUAAUUGAUCUAUACCAAGAGGGGAAAUUAGAUAAAACAACCUUUGAAGAAAGUGUGUUAGAUGUAAUUAUUAAUAAAGCAGAAUCUAAGAAGCCAUUAUUUGAGGAUAAAUUCAACAAUCAAGAAUAUAAUCUUUGUCAUUUUUGGUCCAACUUCGAAAUUGCUAAAAUAUCUGUUUUUGAUAAUGACAUUUAUGAUUCAUAUUUUAAAUAUUUGGAAAAGAAUGAAGGUUUUUGGCGUGAAAGAUGGGGAGAUGCACCUGUUCAUUCUUUAGGGUUAGCUUUAACAUUGGAUUUUGAGGAGGUUCAUUAUUUCAGAGACUUUGGAUACAGACAUUCAAUAUUGAGUCACUGUCCAAAGAAUUCAUACGAAAACGUAUCACCAUAUCAAGAAAAUGAUAUAAAAUAUCGUAGAAAGGGAAUUAGUUCGGUGUAUGAUAAGGCAACAGAUAAUGGUAUCGGAUGUAGAUGUAAAUGUCCUUGGAAUACUGCUGAUAUUGAAGAUUUUGCAUUUCCAUGUAUGGACAUAUGGUUUGAAUUAGCACAUGAAGUACAUUUUGAGACUAAUUUUGAUGGCGAAUACCACCCAAGUAUCGAUGUCAAUGAAAUUGAAGCUCAGUUAAGAGAGAAAAUCAUAGAAGAAUUACAAAUCUAA